CAUCCCGCAGCCGAGGAGGCGGCGGCGCUGACGCAGCAGCAGCGCGGAGCUCGGGACUCGCGGCGCUCCCGCCGCUGGAUUUCUCCCCCCCGGGGCCUGCGGCAGCCUCCCGGAUUGGACAUUGAUCCUAUGACGCAUGCCCGGAAAAAACAACUUUUCCUUCUAAAACAUCCAGCUGGUUCUGCUGGCCAGGCCUCGUCGCCAAUAGGCAGCAGGAGGAUGGACAGGGCCAACGCAGAGCAGCGGGAUGGAGAUGCCUCGGAGGCUCCAAACUGUCCCACUAGGUUUGUAGGGAGUAACAAAAGCAAGAGUUUGCGUGAAGUGCGAAAGACGUACCCGCUGCGGAGGCGGCUGCUCCCCUCGGUGAGCAAAAAGACCUGCAAGGUGCUCCUCACCAGGCUGGAGGAUGUGGCUGGCUCUCUGUCCAAACAGACCCCAAGCUGUAAAAAAAAGCACCUUCCCAGCUGGGUUGAGGAUUUGGGAUCUGCUUUGUUCUCAGAACAAGUUCAGCCUGUGGGAGCGGGCAAGAGUGACUCAUCCGGGGAGAAGUGCACGGUAACUUAUCCCGGGCCGGAGCAGGACUUUGAUCCUGCUCCCUCGGAGCCCAGGAAGCGCCGGCUGGCCUCGCUGAACGCGGAGGCGGUGAACAACCUGCUGUUUGAACGGGACGAUGGCUUGUUAUCCGGCAGGCGCUUCCGCAGGGACUCUGGGAAGGCUGCUGGGGACUGUACCCUCAAGGGCUUGCAGUGCAAAGCCGGUGACAACUGCCCUGCCCUGGAAAAACCGGCUGUGAAAACAGGGAAAGGAAAGAACCGGCAUGAGGCCAGUCAGAAAUGUAAUAGCUGUGAGCAUUCGCUGGACGAGGUCUUUGAUGAUGGGGCAAAGAGGGAGGAUGGUGCCGUCUCCUACCAUCCCACCCCAAAGAGACUGGCCAGCCUGAACGCCGUGGCCUUCCUGAAGCUGACCCACGAGAAAGACCAACCCCUGAAACAGAGGAGUAAAUCGGACGGAGAGGGCAAGUCCGAGAACCACUGUUCAAAAUCUACACUCAAAUGGGCCAAAGCCGGUCGGAAGAACUGUGUCAAAUCCAAGAAGGAAGUGGCCAGCUUAAAAAUGGAUGGGCAGCACGGCUGGCAAGGCCAGACCCUGGGCACAUUUGGGAAAGGGGAGCAGCGGGACUCUUCCAGGGUCUAUGGGACGUCAGAGCCUGUCCCCUACGAGUCGCUGUCUGGCUCCUAUGCCAGCACGGAGGGCUUCUACCACAGACUGCCUUUGCUCAUGGGAGGACAAGCUUCCAUGAAGCCAGAGUAUGGAAGACCCGGAGAAAAAUCCCCAACCCCCAAACAGGAAUUUCAUCAGCCUUCCUUUCCUGUGCAGCAGUUCCCUCCCUUGCCUGUGCCCGGGAAUCACACGGAUUGUGGAUGUCUCUAUGAAUCCUCAGAUCUGACUCCGUUGAACGGGUUUUAUGUUUAUUAUGGCCAAAGUGGAUACAGUGGCUAUUCCCCCUGCUCCAUUUAUCCCAAGGAGGAGCUGUCGCAGGCUGCGACCUGCGAGGGGCUCCUGGUAUCUUCCGGUUCCUUGCCAUCAGGUGCUCAUUUCCAGCCCCUGCACUGGUGCAGCUCUCCGUACUGCUGCGGGGAGGGAGCGGCCGUGAGCAGCUACAGCGUCUGCGGCGUGGUGCACGUCCCGGAGGGCAGGAUCGGCAGCGUGCACACGGGACGGAACAGCUACCCCUACAAAAUGCCUUUUGCAGCAGAAGGCUGCAAGUCUCUGGACCAGCUGAACCUCACAAUCCCGGUGGCAGGACACCCCGCGUCGCCUGCCCACCCGCUCUCAGGAUGUCCCGUGCCCAGCGUGCCGCCGGCUGCAGAGCCCGUUCCUCACCUGCAGACCCCCAACUCUGACCCUCAGACCAUGGCCCGAGAAUGUCCUCAGAGCUCCAAGCCUCCCAGCGGCUCCAAGUCCGGGCUGCGGAAUACUCCAGGCUGCCUGCACGCCUCCAACAGCAAAGCGGCGGGGGGCCAUUCCCACCCCAAGCAGCAGCGGAUCAGCCGGCGCAGAGCCACCAACGGCUGGAUCCCCGUGGGCACGGCCUGUGAGAAGGCUGUCUACGUCGUGAACGAGCCGGAGCCGGCCGUGCGCAAGAGCUACCAGGCUGUGGAGAGGGACGGGGAGAUCAUCCGGGUGCGGGACACCGUGCUCCUCAAAUCGGGGCCCCGCAAGAAAUCCAUGCCCUACGUCGCCAAGAUCUCCGCCCUCUGGGAGGACCCCAAGACAGGGGAGCUGAUGAUGAGCCUCCUGUGGUAUUACAGACCGGAGCACACUCAGGGAGGCCGCAACCCCAGCAUGCACCAGAAUGAGAUCUUUGCGUCGCGGCACCAGGACGAGAACAGCGUCGCCUGCAUCGAGGAGAAGUGCUACGUGCUGACCUUCGCGGAGUACUGCAGAUUUUGUGCCUUGGCAAAGCGUCGAGUCGAAGGGAUCCCGGGCAGGAAAACCAUCAUGGUUCCUCCCUCAGAGGAGUAUUCCACCCCUCUGCACCGCAAGGUGCCCGAGGACACGGACCCCGAGCUGGUUUUCCUCUGUCGUCACGUCUACGACUUCAGGCACGGGCGCAUCCUGAAGAACCCGCAGUAG